ACCACCAGUCCAGUCCUUCCACCACUCACAACACGAUGGUUUGGUUUGCUCCGGAGGAUGGAAUCAUCAUCAUCAGGAAGAAUACUCAUCCAUGUGCAGUCUUCCAUGAUCAAAUUGCAACUACGAUUAUUUAAGGAGGAGUUUGAGGCUCGUCGUCACGUUAGACUCGUCAGUCAUGUGACUGCCUGCCACGCCAUCUCCAGUAACAUUUCUGAACAAAUAAUGCAGGCUACGGAAAAAAAACAAAAGCCUUUGAUGAACAGAGCUGCUGCUCCUGUUACACAUUCUUGGGCAAGGAUAGUUUCGCAGUCACCCAAGAAGGCAAUGCCUGUGCCUGUACCAAAAGACAUACCCGAUGUACCAUCCUUGAGUAAAGAAAGACCCAAAAAUCGAAUAAAAACUCAGGUUGAAAGACCAAUUACCACCACUGAUGCUGAUCAGGAAGGUCUAUCUGAGAAGAAGAAGAAAAAACGAAAGAAAAAAAAGAAGUCAAAGCAACCUGAAAAUGAUGGAAAGACUGAAGAAGCCAUUGUUAUACAAGAACCUCCAAAGUUUGAAGAUUUUGAAGAAUUUCCUGAUCUUUCUUCUGCCUCUACAAACCUCUCAAGAGCAAACAAGUGCCUCUUUUCUUCCAACCUGAUCCCCAUGCAUCAAGCUGAGGCCACAGUAGAUAAAGACUCUGGGACACUUCUAAAUCAAACAAACCUCUCCAGUGGGGACGCAAAUACUGUAAACCCCCAAAGAGCCAAAAACUCUGCAUCAGUCUUUGCUCAGGAUAGUAGUGUCACCACUGCAGAAACUAAGAAGUCACAGGAGUCAUCCAAAAAAAGUGGCAAGAAGAGUGUAGCUCCAGUCCAGCUGUCCUUGGGAGACAUGCUAGCGGCACUAGAACAGAAGCAACAAGUGCAAAAAUCAAAGCAAACUGCUAAACCGAUUGUCCUCUCAGUUGGGGGUGCCCGUCCAGUUAUUCCCAAAGAACCAGCUGUACCAAAAAAACAAGCAAGCCAGGGUAUGGUGCCACACAACCCUCUGGAUUCCAGUGCUCCCUUGAUUAAAAAAGGUAAACAACGGGAGGUCCCAAAGCCUAAGAAACCAUCACAGCUUAAAAAGAUCAUAUUAAAAGAGAGAGAAGAAAGAAAACAGAAACGCUUGCUGGCAGAGAAAAGAGUGCCUUUAUCAGAUAGUGAAAACAUUAACUUAAAUAGCCAACAAGAGCAGCGCAAAUCAUCAGAAGACACAGUUUCUGCUGAAGAUUCAAGCAUAAAAGAUACCACCCUGAGUGAGAACACUGAUGAAACUUCUUUGGAUCAGAACUGUAUAGAAUCACACGUUUCAGAUGUAGACAGUCCAUCCGAUGAGAUAGUUUGUCAUAACCUUCCAAAGAUUCACAGUAGGAGAUUUAGAGAGUACUGCAAUCAGGUUCUCAGCAAAGAUAUUGAUACAUGUGUAACAGAGCUACUGAAAGAAUUGGUUCGCUUCCAAGACCGUUUAUACCAGAAAGACCCUGUGAAAGCUAAGACAAAACGCAGAAUUGUUAUGGGCUUAAGAGAAGUUUUGAAACAUUUGAAACUCAGGAAAUUAAAAUGUGUGAUAAUUUCACCUAACUGUGAAAAGAUUCAGUCCAAAGGUGGCUUAGAUGAAGCCUUGCGAAUCAUCAUCGAUACUGCCUGUGAACAGAAUAUCCCAUUCAUCUUUGCACUGAAUCGUAAAUUUCUUGGUCACUGUGUAAAGAAAGCAGUCCCUGUUACUGUGGUGGGAAUCUUCAGCUAUGAUGGUGCCGAGAACUAUUUUCAUAAAAUGGUUGAACUAACUACAGAUGCACGGAAGGCAUAUGAGGACAUGAUUGCUUCUUCAGAACAGCAAGAUGAUCAAACUGAAGACACUAAAGAGCCUGUGGAAAGCUUGUCCCGUCAGUCAGAAGACACUGCAGUUUCAAGUAGUACCAUUAUUAGCCGGUCUUAUGCUGAACCCGAUGAGCCAGAAUACAUGAAAAUAUGGAAGAGAAUGCUUGAAAAAGAAUAUUCAUCAUUUUCAUUUCGGAUGAGUGAAACUCCAUAGGUGAAAUAUUGGACUUAAAAUCUGUUCUUUCAGCUGAAGAACUUUAUUCCGAAUGAAAUAAAUUUGGAAGGCUUACCUCA